GCGCUCGGUGUGGGGGAGGGGCCCGCAACGGGAACACCCCGCGCAGCGGUUGGGGGAGGGGAGGGUGGUCCCGGCACCCUUGGGUGCUCCCCCACCCCCACAGCCCCAUGGCGACCGCGGGGCCCCGGGCGCUGGCCCGUUCGUCGUGGUGGUCGGUGGCCGCCGGGCGCCGUGGCGUGUCGGUGGGGUGUCCGUCCCGCGCCGGGCACAACCGGUGGUCCAAGGUGAAGAACGUCAAGGGUCCGCGCGACGCCGCCCGCAGCCGCCUCUUCCAGCGGCUCGGAUGGAUGCUGCGCGCCGCCGCGCGCGAGGGGGGCCCGGACCCGGCGCUCAACGCCCAGUUGGCCAACGUGGUAGAGCAGUGCCGGGCGAAGAACAUGCCCAAGUCCUCCAUUGAGGCAGCCAUCCACGGCGCGGAGAGAUCGGCGGCGGUGACCCGGCUGCUCUACGAAGCCCGCGGCCCCGGUGGCUUGGCUCUUCUCCUGGAGGUCCUCACCGACAACCCCCGACGGAGCCAGCAAGACGUCCGGCUCAUCCUCACCCGCAACGGGGGAACGAUGGCCGAAGGGGCACGACACAGCUUCGAGCAGAAGGGGGUGGUGCACGUGGGACCACGGGACCUUCAGGGCCACCCCGUCUCUCUGGAGGCGGCGCUGGAGGUGGCACUGGAGGCCGGGGCCCAGGACGUCUGCCCGGAUGAGGAGGAGGAGGAAGAGGAGGAGCCGUCGCUGAAGUUCAUCUGUGAGACCUCAGCCCUGCGGACCGUGCGGGAGCGUCUGGAGGCCUCGGGGCUGCGCCCACUCUCGGCCACCAUCGAGUACUUGCCCCGGGACCGGGUGACGUUGACGGAGGGGACACAGGAGCAGGCGGAACGCCUCCUCCAGGCCCUCGACGACUGCCCCGACGUCGUCCGCCUCUACCACAACAUCCAAUAGGAGACGAGGGGGGAGGGAGCGUGGCCCCACCGCUUGGGGGGGGGAGGGGGUCACGUUCCUUCCCCCCCGUCCCUUUGUCCCCGUCCCCGCGAUGACAAUAAAACCCUGUUCUGACCGUG